AGGAGAUUUUACAACGCUGCCAUGUUUUGUCCCUUUUGUGGAAACGAACUUGGGACUGCUAUUGCCUUUUGUGGCUCUUGCGGUUCUAAUGUCCAAAUUUUGUCAGAGCACGAUUUCCCAAUCGAAGUUUCUGAAGAGGAUCUUCUUCGCAAGUACUUUAGAGAUGGACACACUUACAGUGUAAUUUUGGAUAUUCUGGCAUCAAAGCACAACCUCAAAUUCAGCCUUCGUACCUUAAAAAUCAAAUUAAACAGACUAUCAUUGUACAGACGAAAAAGCUACACACCUUUGGACAUUGUUCAGGCAGCAAUUACUGAGGAGUUGGAUGGUCCUGGACAGCAUUAUGGGUACCGCACAAUGUGCCAAACACUACGUCAGAAAUACAGUCUUACAGUUAACAGACAAGAUGUUAUGUAUAUGAUGGCAGAUCUUGAUCCAUUAGGAGUUGUACAACGAUCAAGAAGAAUGUUUGUAAGAAGGGUUUACCAUUCUUUGGGGCCAAAUCACACCUGGCACGUUGAUGGAUAUGACAAAUUAAAACCCUAUGGUUUGGCCAUAAGUGGCUGCAUUGAUGGAUACUCUCGGAAAGUGAUGUGGUUGGUCUGUGGAGCCAGCAACAACAACCCAGAAGUUAUAGCUCAUCAUUACCUGCAGUGUGCCACUGAAUUUGGGGUCAUACCAAAGCUUCUUCGCAAGGACUGUGGCACUGAAAAUGGAGUAAUGGCUGCAAUCCACUGCACUCUGAGAUCAAACCACCAAGAUGAACUUGCAGGGGCUGCAAGUCAUGUGUAUGGCGCAUCAACUACCAACCAAAGAAUUGAAAGCUGGUGGUCAUAUUUCAGAAAACAAAGGACUCAGUUCUGGAUGGAUCUUUUGAAUGACCUGAAAGAGAGACAACUUUUUAAUGGCAGUCAUGAGCACAUAUGCUUGGUGCGUUUUGUCUUUUUGGGCAUGCUACAGAAGGAGCUUGAUGAAACCAAAGAAAUUUGGAACACACACACCAUUAGGGCAGUUAAACAAUCUCGCUGUCCUUCUGGGAAACCAGAUGCAAUGUUCAUUGUUCCACACAGGUUUAAUGGAACCGAUUGUGGAUUCCCUAUCUCACAGGACAACCUGGACCAGUAUCUGGCUGAACCCACUUUGAGUAUGUGUGGAGAUGACCAGCUUCAAGCAAACUUUGAAGAACUACAUUCACAGGGCAAUUUUACUACACCUCUGAACUGGGAGACUGGUGUGGAAAAUUACAUAACCAUGAAGAACAUUGCUGAAAUUUAA